AUGAUUGUUCUCAAAAAGUGUGUCCCAUUCGCCUGUCGUCCGAGUGCUGUGUCCCGAGGGACGCCUCGGAGCGCCAGGCACUUGUCAAAGACCUUGCAAGCACUGCCCCCGUGGCGGCGAGGGUUGUUGACACAGAGCUAUGCUCGUGGACCGCUAGAGCCCCCAUUGCUAGAAACCACCAUUGGGGAGCAUUUCGCUCAAAUCGUGAGCUCAUAUGGCGACCGAACAGCUGUCAUUUGCAGGCAUCAAAAUGACCGAGUAACGUACGCCGGUCUCGAUGCGAAAAGCAACGCCCUGGCACGGGGCCUAGAGUCUGUAGGCGUGCGCACAGGCGACCGUGUGGGAGUGAUGCUGGGAAAUUCCAUGGAGUUCUCCAUUGCAACUUAUGCGUUGUUUAAACUCGGAGCCAUCCUUGUCCCAAUCAAUCCAUCGUUCAAUGCAACUCAGGUGGUCUCUGCAUUAAAUCACCUCGAGGCCACCCAUAUGAUCAUUAGCACCGAAUCUAAUCUGCCGCGAAAAGAGCCCCGAAGCAACAUCCCCAUCUUACAACACCUGGUCCAAGACAUCUACAAACCAAAACUGGAGUCCGCACUCGUCCCAUCCCUGAAGCAUAUCAUCAUGGUCGAUAACUCCUCCGGCCGCGCAAAGGCAGAUGAAGUCGCAUUGCCGCACCGAGAUCUAUCGCCCCAUGACGUCGUGAACAUCCAAUUCACAUCCGGCACCACUGCCAUGCCCAAAGCCGCCUGUCUGACCCACCGUUCGAUUCUCAACAACGGCUCCCAGAUCGGCGACCGCAUGCGCCUUACCCCGGAGGACAUCGUCUGCUGUCCUCCACCGCUGUUUCAUUGCUUCGGGUCCGUGCUAGGCUACAUGGCCACGGCCACGCACGGCUCGGCCGUCGUAUUCCCCACCGAAUCAUUCAAUGCCAGGGCAGCGCUGACGGCCGUCCAAGAGGAGAGAUGCACCGCGCUGUAUGGCGUCCCGACAAUGUUCAUCGAAGAACUGACCCUGAUCGACGACGGCGAGAUACCAAACGAAGGAUUCGGCCACCUGCGAACAGGCAUCGCAGCCGGAAGCAGCGUGCCCGCUGCCCUCAUGCAGAGACUCCACAAGGUCCUAAACCUAACGGAGUUGACCAUCUGCUACGGCAUGACAGAAACCAGCCCCGUCUCCGUCAUGACGACCACCGACGACCCGAUCGACAAGCGCAUCAACACCGUCGGCAGACUCAUGCCGCAUGUCGAAGCGAAAAUCGUGAACCCCGCCGAUCGGAGCCAGAUCGUCCCCGUCGGUGUGCCCGGUGAACUGGCGGUGAGCGGAUACCUCUUGAUGAAAGGGUACUGGGGCGACCCGCAGCGCACCGCAGAGUCGAUGAUCGCGGAUGACCAGGGGAAGGUCUGGAUGCAUUCCGGCGACGAAGCCGUCAUAUCCCCCGACGGGUAUGUGUCGAUUACGGGCCGCAUCAAAGACCUCAUUAUCCGGGGCGGAGAGAACAUCCACCCGCUCGAGAUCGAAAACUGUCUAUUGACGUAUCCUGGCGUGCUGGAUGUGUCGGUUGUCGGUGUGCCCGAUGAGAAAUACGGAGAGGUCGUGGCCGCUUUCAUCAUCCCCAAGGAACAUCAGGACAAGGCUGCGCCUUUGACUGAAGAGAAUGUCCGGGAGUGGGUUAGGGGGCGGUUGAGCAAUCACCUAGUCCCGAAGCAUGUUUUCACUCUGGAACAUUCGACCAUUUUCCCCAAGACCGCCAGCGGAAAGAUCCAGAAGUUCAAACUGAAGGAGGAUGCUAUCAAGAUCCUCCGGGAAAGGAACUCGUUAAGCUAA